AUGGCCAAUGAUUUAGGUGAUUUGCUUGAUCUGUGUAAUCUGGUUUCCUUAUUCUAUCACAGCAUUCUUCUCAUCUGCACUCACAUGAUGUCCCCACGGCACAGCAAGACCUCCUCCUCCUCGUGGCUACCUAUCCACGUCAGGAAACUCAUCGACGCGGAGGUAGCUGCACGAGCAGUGGUCAGACACAUAGUCAAAACGCCUCCCUUCAUCACCUCCAACUCCAAACUCGCUUUCUUGUUCUUGACUCCUGGUACAUUGCCGUUUGAGAAGCUCUGGGAUAAGUUCUUCACGUUCUCGAUCUACAUCCACCCGACCAAUGAACGGCCGGUUCAUAUCAGUAGCCACUUUUUUUAUCGAGAAAUCAACAGUGAUGAGGUCAUUGAGGGUAGAAUCUCUGUGGUUGAUGCCGAGAAGAGGUUACUGGUUAGUGCUCUUGAAGAUCCUCACAACCAACACUUUGUUCUUCUCUCAGAGAGAUAUCUACUCUACUCCAACGUCAGCUUCAUUGAGAGUUUUGUGGAUCCUGGUCCUCAUGGAACUGGUAGACACAUGGAACACAUGUUACCUGAGAUUGCUAGGGAAGAUUUUAGAAAGGGUGCUCAGCCAGGGAUAGAGGCUUACAAGGACUGUAUUGCAGAUGAACAUUACUUGCCAACAUUCUUCAGUAUGAUUGAUCCUAUGGGGAUCUCGAACUGGUCAGUGACGUAUGUUGAUUGGUCUGAACGAAGGUGGUAUCCAAAGACUUACACAGCAAAUGAGAUAUCACUAGAUUUCAUGAAAAAUGUCACGACUGAAGAGAUGAGUAUACACGGCACAAGUGUGGGAGAGCAUGGAGAUGAGCUGCAUUGGCCAUGUACAUGGAACGGGAUUACACGGCCUUGUUAUCUGUUUGCAAGGAAGUUCCAUCCUGAUGCUCUUGACACAUUGCUUAACCUCUUCCCAAACUACACAAGCACAGUUCUCUGAGGAAAGGAUUCUUUACACAAGCAAUUCUUGAAUUCAUUUUUGUUCCCCGAUUUGAUACUGUA